AUGAAAUUCCGGAAAAAUGAAAAAUGUGAAAAAUUGGAAACAUCACAGAAGGAAAGCAGUGGGCUUCACGUGGGUUUGUCAGUGGAGUUGCCUUUAAAUUGGGUGUUUGUGACUUGGAAAUUUUGCAGCUUUAGCAUGGGGGAUGCUCAAGAGCCACAAGGUCCACUACUAAAUGAGUUAGGUCAGGAAGCUGAAGGAGCCAAGUCAUCCGAUCAUGCAGCAGCUACCCACCAAUCUCCGUUUCCUCCACUCAAAAGUCGAAAAUGGUGGCUCCGAAUUGUCAUCUACACGCUGUGUGUGCUCGUUGGCCAGUCAGGCGCUACGCUUUUGGCAGGAUUGUAUUACAGGAAAGGCGGAAAAAAUAUAUGGUUGGCAGCACUAAUGGAAACAAUAGCCUUCCCAAUUCUCAUCCCUUUCUCUCUAUACUUCUCACAACACAAUCAUGAUGAUCACCAAAACAACAAUUCACCAACGAAAACUCCUCCCUUGAUCCUUGCAACAGUCUACAUCUGCCUAGGCCUAAUGCAAGCAUUAGACAACAUGUUGUAUUCAAUUGGGCUCUUAAACCUCCCCGUCUCUACUUUCUCCCUUAUUUGUGCAACCCAAUUGGCUUUCAAUGCUUUCUUUUCUUUCUUCCUCAAUGCACAAAAGUUGACUCCUUUGAUACUCAAUUCUCUCGUCCUCCUUACCAUCUCUCCUGCCCUGCUUGUUUAUCAAAGUGACUCUGAGACAAAGGCAGGCGCCUCGAGAAGGCAAUACUCAAUCGGGUUUUCGUGCACUGUUGUUGCAUCUGCUUUGUACUCCUUGAUGCUUUCACUAACACAGUUAUUCUUCUGCAAGGUGCAAAAAAGGGAAACUUCUACUAUGGUCUUGAAUAUGAUUGUGUACCAAUCACUAGUGGCAACUUGUGUUAGUACAUUGGUGCUUCUUGCUAGUGGCAAGUGGAAUGGUUUGGCAAGAGAGAUGGAAAAUUUUGAGCUUGGGAAGGUAUCUUAUUUGACAGUUUUAGUUUCACUUGCAGUAGCAUGGCAGGUUUUCUCUAUUGGCGCGGUGGCAUUGAUAUUUGAGGUGUCUUCCCUCUUCUCCAAUGUCAUUAGUACUUUGGCUUUGCCUAUUGUCCCAGUUCUUGCCGUUAUCUUCUUCCACGACACCAUGAAUGGAGUGAAGGUGAUAGCAUUGUUGUUGGCCAUUUGGGGCUUUGCUUCAUACUUGUAUCAGCAUUAUCUCGACACUUACAAAUCCGAGAUUGACCACGAAAAUGCUACCCGAGCUCCUGAAGAAGCUCAUAGUGAAACAUGUUAA